GCUGCAACCCACCAACCAAUCAAAACAAAGCCCAUCGUAAUCCUUACCGAAGCAACCUCAAAUUUCAAUUCCACUCCGAAUCCACCCUAACACUCAAUUAUAUCCCACACCACCACCACCCGACCUUUCCUCUUCAUCUCAGUACACGCCACAACACACGCCCCCGAUGGCAUCACUAUUCACAUCCCGCGCACUCCUGCGCAGCGCCCCUCGCACAUUCUCUGCCGCAACCCCAGCCAUGCGCGCCCUCUCCACCACACCAGCUCGUCCCGAUGCUACCGCUUCCACCACGGAUAGAUUCAGCAAGAUUCCCGAUUUCAGCAAAUACAGAAGUAAGAAGAGUGGUGGCAGUAAUUUGGUUUAUCAGUACUUUAUGGUGGGGGCCAUGGGUGCUUUGACGGCUGCAGGGGCAAAGGCUACUGUUCAAGGUUUGUCUUUUUUCCUUGUCCUUGGAUGUGUGGAUAGGAUACCGGAUCGACGAGUUCAGGAUUAUUGUGUUUAGCAUGGGGAUAAUGACCGAUGAGAGGGCUGGGGGCUAUGGUUGGGAAUGCAAUUGAGGGAAUAGAUGAUUUUCUACCCAUUAGACCGAGGGACUGACAAUGGACUUUGGACAGAUUUCCUCGUCAACAUGUCCGCAUCUGCAGAUGUUUUGGCCAUGGCUAAGGUCGAGGUCGAUUUGGCUGCCAUCCCUGAGGGCAAGAACGUACGUUUACUACUACUACUACUACUACAUCUAAUCGAUCCGACACAUCAAAGAUAGAGUCCUGACACAAAUACACAAAAUAGGUCAUUAUCAAGUGGCGUGGAAAGCCCGUUUUCAUCCGACACAGAACCGCCGAUGAGAUCAAGGAGGCCGAGAACGUCAAAGUUGAGAGUUUGAGAGAUCCACAAUCCGACGCUGACCGUGUUAAGAAGCCAGAAUGGCUGGUUAUGGUUGGUACGUGUUGUCCUGCUACACUUCGUACAAUCCAAUCGACACCAAAUACUAACUAAAAGCCAAACAGGUGUCUGCACACAUCUCGGAUGUGUCCCAAUUGGAGAAGCUGGUGAUUUCGGAGGAUGGUUCUGCCCAUGUCACGGUUCCCAUUACGAUAUCUCCGGCCGUAUAAGAAAGGGACCUGCUCCAUUGAACUUGGAAGUCCCCGAAUACGACUUCGCCGAAGAAAAUUCCUUGAUUAUUGGUUAAAUUCGACGAUCUGGUGGAGAGCAGUUUUGUAGUUGUAUAAAGUUGGAGCAGUGCGCAAGAGUGGAGGAUAGACGAGACGACGUUUUUUACUUUAAACGAAAGAGAAAUGAUAGACCUUGAUCUGGAAGCUUUAUGGCUUUGUAGAAGGGCUGGUGGGAUGGCCAUUGUACAAAAGAUCGGAUAAAUGAUAUCGCUUCGAAAAGUUUCAAAUAUUGGAAAAUCAUGGAGUCAAGUCGUUUUUGUGGUUAGGUUACACAUGGCGUGAAAGCACCCAAAUCUCCAAGUGGCAUGCCCAGGGGUAUCUAUUCUUUCGAAAUAAUCAAUCGAACAGGUUGUUGGAACUCAA